GAAGGGGUGUGGACAGGGACAACUUAAGGGCAGCCGGCAUCCCCCAAGUACACACAAGAGCCCCAGAACAUCCCCACAGCAGGCGCUGCAGCUGCCAUCGCUAUGGAUGGUGUGACUACGGCCAUCUUCCUCCUUCUCCUGGCUAUCAUCUGUUUGUCCCUGACCUUCACGGCAUCGGACAAGGGCCAGCUGCCCCCAGGACCCAAACCUCUCCCCAUCUUGGGAAACCUGCUGCAGCUUCGCUCUCAAGACUUGCUGACUUCCCUCACCAAGCUGAGCAAGGAGUAUGGCUCGGUGUACACGGUGUACCUGGGGCCCAGGCGGGUGGUGGUCCUCAGCGGGUACCAAACUGUGAAGGAGGCUCUCGUGGACAAAGGGGAAGAGUUCAGUGGCCGUGGCUCAUACCCCGUCUUUUUCAACUUUACCAAGGGCAAUGGCCUUGCCUUCUCCAAUGGAGACCGAUGGAAGGUCCUCAGAAGGUGGUCUAUCCAGAUUCUACGGAACUUUGGAAUGGGAAAGAAGAGCAUCGAGAAUCAGAUCCUGGAGGAAAGCAGCUUCUUACUGGAGGUGCUGCGGAACACAGAAGGCAAGCCCUUCGACCCGGUGUUUACUCUGAGCCGCUCGGUGUCCAACAUCAUCUGCUCAGUGAUCUUUGGCCGGCGUUUCGAUUACGAGGAUGACCGUCUCCUCACCAUUAUCACCUUCAUCAACGACAACUUCAAAAUUAUGAGCAGCCCCUGGGGCGAGAUGUACAACAUCUUCCCGAACCUUCUGGAUUGGGUGCCUGGGCCGCACCGACGCCUAUUCCAGAAUUAUGCGGGCAUGAAAGAUCUCAUCGCCCGCAGCAUCCGCGAACACCAGGACUCCCUAGACCCCAACUCUCCCCGGGACUUCAUCGAUUGCUUCCUCAUCAAAAUGGCUCAGGAGAAGCAGGACCCCCUGAGUCACUUCCAAAUGGACACCCUCCUGAUGACCACACACAACCUGCUCUUCGGUGGCACCGAGACCGUGGGCACCACGCUGCGCCACACCUUCCUUAUUCUCAUGAAGUACCCCAAAAUUCAAGCCCGUGUACAGGAAGAGAUUGACCGCGUGGUGGGGCGCUCGAGGUCGCCAACGCUGGAGGAUCGGGUGUCCAUGCCUUACACGGAUGCUGUGAUCCACGAGGCGCAGCGCUUUGCAGACAUCGUCCCCAUGAACUUACCACACCGUGUCAUUCGGGACACCCCUUUCCGCGGCUUCUUGAUCCCCAAGGACACAGAUGUUAUCACACUUCUUAACACCGUGCACUAUGACCCCAGCCAAUUCAAGACGCCCAAAGAGUUCAAUCCCGAGCAUUUUCUGGAUGCCAAUCAAUCCUUCAAGAAGAGCCCUGCCUUUAUGCCAUUCUCUGCUGGACGCCGACUGUGUCUGGGCGAGCCACUGGCGCGCAUGGAGCUCUUCCUCUUCCUCUCCUCCAUUCUGCAGAAUUUCACCUUGGAACCGACGGUGAAGCCCGAGGACAUCGACCUGACCCCGAUCAGCAGCGGUCUGGGCAAAGUGCCACGGCCUUUCCAGCUGAGCAUACGCGCUCGCUGAGUUUGUUUAGUGAGCGGAUCCUGGAGUCCCGUGCCCAGAAUUUGCUCUGUCCCUCUUCCCGUUACACUGUUGUCAGCCCCAAUUGGUUGACUGCUUUCUCUUCCCUAAACCCUGGGCCUGCUACAUGCUGAUCCCCUUGUCCCUCCUAUCUUAAGCCAAUCCGCAUGGUGACAAAGGAAAAAUGGCCGGCUUGUAUCCACAGAACCUGCUUUGUGAUAUGUGCCCUUUUCUAGGCUUUUGUAUCAUUUCCUAGCAAAUAUAUUGAUAAUAGAGUUAGCUGAA